AAAAAAAAAAAAAAAAAAAUACUUAGAAUUUUAUCUCACCUUUACUUUUACAUAAUUAUUUCAUUAUUAAAAAUUACAAUAUUCAACAUUUAUUUCACAUUCGAUUUAUUUCGCGUUAAUAUAGAAUUGUGAAGGAAGUACAGCAGCGCCUCUAUGAAUUUCAAUGCCCAAUAACGACGAAAAUGAAUUUCCCCUCAUUCCUCUUCUUCGGCGCGUAUUUAUUCGUAAUAAACAAUUAAAACUCUCUCGUCGUUGAAUAAAUUCAUCUUCAUUGAUUUUCCAUUACUUCUUUCCUUUUUCACUUUUCUAUCCUCUACUUUCCUUCUUUAUCCGCCGCAGCAUGUUUCUGUCUCUGUUUACAGCUAUUGAAGCGACGCGGUGGAGCGCUUCGUUAGCUAUAAAAAGAACUGCCUUCAUUGCAAUACGCAUUAGCCGUUGCGUCGUUGUGGUGGAUAGGUGACGUAAUUCAUUGUUUUCCUUCUCAACGAAAUAGUCUAAAUUAAAGAUAAAAGGUAGAGUAACGACAUCGCAAUUCUACUCGUUAAUCGGUGGAUAUCACUUACCGCGUACGAUCAGUUCCAGUGGUACAUAACCAAAAAUACAUGUAACAGCCAAAUCGUAACUUCUCGAAAUACGUAUGUUACAUACUAUCGUGGUGCUAUUGUGUAACCGUGUUUAUCAGCCGUGGCGGUAAAAGUGAUUACGUCGUUACAUCAAAUCGUACAAAUUUCUGUUCAAAGUUUCGAACUCUGUUUUCAAUUGAGGACGUAACAGAGUGAAAACACCGAGACGAGCAAAACACUUCACACUGUGCCCUUACUUUCGGUGGCAUGAGAGACUGUCGUGACGAAUGCGAAUCGAAUAAACUAAAGGAGUUGAACACCGAAGAAAGAAAAAAGGAAUAGAAGAAGACGCGCCGAGUCGUUGGGACCGUGAUAUAUUGUUGAGCAGAGUGAUUUUGAUAUCUAGCAUUGAAGGACUGAUCUCGCUGCUUUUAUCCUCGGCACUACGUCGGUAUGAAAUAACAAGAGGCUUGAUUUGAUCUACAAAAUCGACAACGACAGUAGAGGCGGCGACAGCCUGAUUUCAUAGCGUCCGUACUCAGUCCUCAGUGCAGGCUAGUCGGGCGCUCGGUAGUCGUUGUCUUGACGAUUUCUCAACGCUCGUUUCUUCCGAUAAAUCUUUCUUUCGAUGACACGACAUUUCAUUACUCGAAAGAUUCCUUGGACGUCGGUAUAAUUUCCGGAUAGUUAAUCAGCGAGAAAAUUCAAGUACGUCUUCCGAGGGCGUUUGUGAGAGAGGUUAUCUUCAAAUAAACAAAGCGGAAAAGAUAGAAAUUUCUUGUGUUUUAUUUCUUUCGGUUCACUACGUUCUUCGUAGACUCUGGCAAAGAUUGUAAAAUCAGCAAGGAAAAUCAACGAGGGUCAAUCAAAGGGUCAAGAAAGUUAAGAGAAAGAUCCGGAAGGUUUUAAGAAGCAAAAGAUUGUUCGAUACACAAAGCACAAACAUGGCGGCGGACAUGUGCAUGCAGCAGAAUUGCACCGAUUCCACUGGAUUUCUAUAUGACAUGAUUAUAGAGAUAUGGUCGCCAUGGGACGCGGUGGAACAUUUAAAUUACACACCAUGGCUGUUUUCUUUGCUUGGAAGUACCGUGAUCGGACUGACUGGUAUUUUCCCGCUAUUGAUCGUCCCCAUCCAAGAAGGUGCCGAUUUGAAAACUGGAGAUAGCGCUGGUAUGCUGAAAAUGUUGCUGAGCUUCGCAGUCGGCGGCCUCCUGGGCGACGUUUUCUUGCAUCUGCUACCGGAAGCAUGGGCAAAUGACUCUUUGAACAAAACAACGGGUGCUGGACAUCAUCCGUCGAUGACCUGUGGUCUAUGGGUGCUAGGAGGUUUCUUGGUAUUCGUCAUAGCGGAGAAACUGUUCGCUUUCGAGCAGGAGACCGGCGUCGAGGAUACGUCUAUUAAUAACGCGAAACUUUGCGAGAAAACAAACACCGAAGUUGAGAAGGAAAUGGAGAACAAUAAUUGUAUUAAUUUGAUCGGCAAUAAUCCGAAGAAUGGUUCGAAGCUUCACAAUGACUUUUCGAAAGUCAUUAACGAGUUGCAGCUAGGAAAGAGGAACGGAUACUCCCAAUUGCCAAAUGGUUUCAAAGAUGUGCACAAGAAUGGCUUCGUUACCAAUGGCAUCAAGCCAGUAUUAAUAUGCAGUGAGUUGUCAAAUACACUGGAAAGUUCACCGUUGGACGAAGCAAAUGAUUAUUUGAAGAAAUUUGCAAGGAACACCAACGGUUUCGUGACUGAAUUGUCGAACGGUUGUUCCAAAAAAGACAACCCGGACAAAGCUUCUGACGAUCAACAACAGACUGUUGCAAAUGAAAAGCCUAAGCAUAUAAGUGGCUAUCUUAAUCUAAUAGCCAAUGUUAUAGACAACUUUACUCAUGGGUUAGCUGUGGGUGGUUCUUUCCUCGUGUCCUUCCGUUUGGGUGUCCUUACCACAUUCGCUAUUCUCAUACACGAAAUUCCACACGAGGUUGGGGAUUUUGCGAUAUUAUUACGCAGCGGAUUCAACAGAUGGGACGCUGCGCGGGCGCAGCUUCUUACUGCUACUGGUGGCAUUUUUGGAGCUAUGUUUGCCGUAUUUUUCUCCGGUGGUGAAAUAGGAGAAAAAACGAAUUGGAUAUUACCCUUUACUGCGGGUGGCUUCCUUCACAUCGGCAUGGUGACCAUUCUACCUGAAUUGCUUAAAGAAACUAGUCCCAAAGAAUCAUUAAAGCAAACAGUUGCGUUGCUCUUCGGUAUUAUCCUGAUGGCAGUUUUGACGAUUCUUUGUGACUAAUAGAAUUGCUUCGUUUUGUAAUAGCAUUAGAUUUCAUUUGUUGGUAUACAUCGACGCGUGUCAAGUGAAAGUUUUUGUUUCCAUUUUAACAUCCCUUAAUACAUGUCGGAACAAAUAAUUCGAGUUUGCCAUAAGAAAUUCUACAGCGUAAUACUUGUUGCUCAAUGAUGGAAUGAUCCAGACCGGAAGACAACGGAGACGAGGAACGACUGACUAAAUUCCUGUAGAAAUGAUGCAACUUUUGUACUAAUCUUAAUUUGAUAUAGGAUACAUUAAAAAUAUGUUCACAUUUGGAUAAUACAAUAAAAUAACAUCGAUCUCCUUUUGCGAUAGUUAAUGUUCUUCUAGUAGUGAGAAGCGAAGAAAAUAUUUGUAUAAGUUACUUUUAUAUUUUUCGAUCGUUUAUCGGGGAUCGUAUUAUUGGUAAUUUGGUAUCAUCGAUCUAUAUUGUUAUAAAUCUGGCAUAGUUUAUACAUAAAUACACAUGUUCCUCCAUAAACUAUCGAAAAUGUGUUGCAUGAAACGUCAUUCCGUUUCUACGAUAUCGACUUACUUUACACUUAAUCUUUGUUAUCUAGACGCUAUAUCGUGAAACCAGUAUUGACAUGUGACUUUCACGUUAUAAAACAUCAUCAUGUACAUAAUGUUUAUGCUUCCUUGUUUACUGUUGAAAAAAAAAUGGAAAUUCAAAAAAAAAAUUUGUAAAUUACGUAUAGAAAAAUACAUGAGUAUAUAUUUUGUGGGUACAUGCAUUAGUUUAAUCGAUGCGUGCAUUUCAACUGAUGUAUAUUUUAAGUUCCUAUAAUUAAAUGUAAAUAAUGUAUCGAACUCUUAACCACAUUAUUGUGAAAAUAACAUAUUCCUAAAGAUGAACAUAAACAAGUUUGUAUAUCAGGUCACAGCAGAAAUAAUAUACAAAAAGUAAAAUCGGUAUAUAGAUAUAGGAUCAUUGCAUUUAAUAAAAUUUUAAAGUUUAUGUAAACUCAACUAUUUUAAAGAAGUUACGAAGUAAGAUGAGUUAUUGAACCGGAGGAGAUUCCAUCUAUUCUCCACAGUCUCCUGUAUUAUCUAAAAGUGCGAGUUUUAUAAACCAAACAAAACAAUCCUUGUACUUAAAGGAUUAUUCUUUCACAACAAAACUGUUGAUGCAUGAGCGUCUUUUUUAAGCACAUGUAAAUAGAAAUUUGGAAUUUACAAAGUUGUAUUAAUCAGCGAUUUGGCAAAUAUAUUUUCUAUAAACUAUGACUUCAUGAGAAAAUUGUUCAUGUAAUCAUUAUUAUUUGUAAAUAAAGUAUUUUAUUCUAUAAUACA